CACGGUGAACAGUGAGAGUCGUUUAUUCGAGGCAAGAUGAGAGCGGUAAUUUGGUACACGUAAGUGUGAAAAGUCGAAGGAUGUUUCGAGUAUAAGCUGUGCAACGAAAUAGGAAAUAUGUAUGGUGCAGUGCGCGAGGAGGUCUCUGAAAGUUGGUUACACACAUAUGACUUAAGCAGUACAAUGAUUCCUAAUGUUAGUUCGCCGAUCAAUGAUGAGGAGCACUUUUGCAAGUUCAUCUUGUACAAAGAAAUCAAAGAUUCAAGAGUACGAAUAUGGGAUGUUGUCAUAUUGAUACCAAACCUCUUGUUUCUUUUAUUCAUCGCAGUGAGAUUCAAUAGAGCACGGCUUAAAUUAAGAGCAACGAGUAGUCCAAUAUAUUUAGCAUUUUAUGGACUUGUCAUUUGUAAUGUAGUGAUUUCAGUGAUAAGAUGUGUUGUUUCUAUGACUGUAAAUGCAGCAGCCACUGUUGGGGGUAAAGUGGACAAAGUACUAUGGGUCACAGUAAGAUUUUUUUUGUUGUCCACAGAGAUGAGUGUGGUUAUAUUUGGUUUAGCUUUUGGACAUUUGGAUAGUCGCUCAAGUAUUCGCAGGGUAUUACUUGCUACUUCACUGAUAGCAUUGGCUUAUACCAUAACUCAAGGAACUUUGGAGUUAAUUUUACCAGAUGAUACAUUCCGUAUUCCCAAUAAAGAUUUCUAUGUAUUUGGUCAUGGAGGAAUGAUGUUUUGGUUUUGCAGCAGUAUUGUUUUCACAAUGAUAUAUCUUUUUAUAUUAAUACUGCCAUGGACACGGUUAAGAGACCGCUUAACCCUUCCAACAAAAAAAAGUUUUUACAUUUACGCUGGUACAUUAGCCAUGCUAGACUUAGUACAAUCAAUUGGUGCAGGCUUUUUAAAUUACACACAAAAUCCAGUAGGAUUAUGUAUCGUGGACUUCACUGCAGUAGUCUAUCUAACUCUUUUUACGCCUUUGGUUUAUCACACAUUCCUAUCAGAAGUCUUUGGGGUUUCACAACCUUCGAUAAUGUUCUCAUACAAGGCUCAAGUGGACGAUGCGAUGGAUGAAGACACUGUGUCGUUGCCUCAUCAACAGAGUUUCUCUUCGUUAAAAACAGACAGCGAUUAUAUCUACCAGGUCCAUACUCCAUCUAGUUACAUGCCCUUGUACGAUUCGCAAUUAUUGAAAACAUCCUUCCGCCUGAAGCAUAAGACCUCCCUGCACUCCCUAACAUCCAUGAAAGACUCCAAAAGCGGUAGUGGACACACUUAUGACUUUCCAACAGUUUUGUACCGUUCCACAUCCGGCAUUAAGAGCUCUAUUAGACGAUUGAGUGCAGAAAAGAGUGUUUCCGACUUUAAGAACUAUCCUUUAACGAAAUCAGACAAUUUCAUCGAUUCGAAAAACAGCUCACCCGACUUGAGAUUCCCUAACAAAACUUGGAAAAGCAAAUCCACGUCGCAAUUUAAAUACGGCGGACCCAGUAGCGUCUCAAAUUUGUUUUUCUCCCCAAAUACUGCUAGUAACUUCCUGUACAAACCUGGAGCGAAUGAUAGCAACAGUAAUUUAUUUUCUCUCACGAGAAAGAGUAGCUUGGAAUAUGCAAGAAAGCGAUCAGAGGCGAAUAUGAGCCAAUUUUUUGAAAUACCUCCAUUGGAAAAUACCUUGCAAUCUAUUCUGGAUAGCAGCAUAAACGAGUCAGAAAUGAAGCACAGUAUAUCUGCUCAUGAACCUUUGAUGAAAGAGACCACUGUUGCGCUAGUUUUAGAAAGCAUUGAGAAGAAAGAAACGAGUCCAUUGAUGCAGUAUACUGACACUGAAAUGUCUGAGAUCGAUGUAGAGGACGUGUUGGCCGAUACGACAGACGUUUCGAAUGCUACACAACAACUACUUAAAUAUACUAUGACGCGCAACGAAUUGUACAAGAAACGAAAGAAAAAAGAUACACAGAAAAAGGAGUCCAGUGGUUUGAGCGCUUAUCUACUGUCGACAUCGGGCGCUCGUAAAGCUGAAAAAAAUGAAGCAGAUCCUAAUUUAUCCCCUUCCCAUCAUACUAAAUCUUACACACAGACUGAGUCGUUAUAAAUAUUAGGAUUUAUUACUGUUAGUCAGUGUAAAGUCUAAGUCAUUACAAUGUAGUUGUACAUAAGAGAAUCUUUUUAAUUCAAGUUUUAUCCUAUUGAAAGAAUGUCUCUGGAAUAGAGUCUUUU